CGGGACCGCAUGAGACGGGACGGAUGACAUGGGACUCUCCAGGCUGCAGCCAUACCCGUCUCGCGCUUUCUGCAGAGACGGUUAGAGGACCUUUGGUAGGCCUAUAGCAGAUUCUUGCUUUAUGUUCUUAUAUGGCUUCCUCGAUCUCGUGAGAUUAUCGUGCUCAUUUCAGUGACGCGAGAUAUCAUCGCCUGCCUGUUUCUGAACCUAUUAUAUUAUCAUAGACUGUAAAAACCGUCGACGAUGAACAGCAAGGAGAAGAGAAGGGGUAUCCUGGAGCGACUAAAUGCUGGGGAGGUGGUUGUAGGAGAUGGAGGCUAUGUGAUGCAGCUAGAGCGACGUGGCUAUGUGAAGGCUGGACACUGGACACCUGAGGCUGCUGUUGAACAUCCUGAAGCAGUUCGGCAGCUGCACAGGGAGUUCCUGAGAGCAGGAGCCAAUGUGAUUCAGACAUUCACCUUCUACUGCAGUGAGGAUAAACUGGAGAUCAGUGGCAAUGUCACCAACAUCACCGGGGCCCAGAUCAAUGAGGCAGCCUGUGACCUGGCCAGGGAGGUAGCCAAUGAGGGUGAUGCAUUGGUUGCUGGGUGUGUGUCUAAGACUCCCUGUUAUGUGAAGAGUCACAGUGAGACUGAGGUCAAGGCCAUCUUUAAGAAACAGAUGGAGGACUUCCUCAAGAAGGACAUUGAUUUCUUUAUAGUGGAGUUUGUUGAUCAUGUGGAAGAGGCAGUGUGGGCAGUGGAGGUGCUGAAGACCAGCGGUAAACCAGUAGGUGCAACACUGUGCAUCUCCCCUCACGGAGACAUGCACGGAGUCCCACCUGGAGAGUGUGCUGUCAGGCUGGUCAAAGCUGGAGCUGACAUUGUUGGAGUAAAUUGCCACUUGGACCCUCUGACAUGCGUUCAAACAGUGAAGUUGAUGAAAGCGGAAUUAGACAAAGCUGGUCUCAAAGCCCAUCUCAUGAUCCAGCCGCUGGGCUUUCACACACCUGAAUGCAACAUCGGCGGAUACACCAGCCUGCCCGAAUACCCCUUCGCACUGGAGACCAGAGCAAUAACCCGCUGGGACAUCCAUAAGUACGCCAGAGAGGCGUACGAUGCUGGAAUUCGCUACAUUGGUGGCUGCUGUGGAUUUGAGCCCUACCAUAUCCGAGCUAUAGCAGAAGAAUUGGCUGCAGAGAGAGGAUUCCUCCCACCAGCCUCAGAGAAGCACGGACUGUGGGGAGCUGCUCUGGAGAUGCACACUAAACCGUGGGUCCGAGCCAGGGCUCGCCGGGAGUACUGGGAGAACCUUUUGCCUGCUUCUGGACGUCCCAAAAUGCCCUUCCAUGGCCACACCAGCCGAUGAUUAUGAAAAACAGCUUGAAACAAAAACACAAAUGUGAUCUCUUGUAUAGACUAUGCAGCGUACUGUAUUCUUUAUAUGCGUGAUCGUAUGAUUCCCUUUUUGCAUAUACUUUAAUGAAUGGCAAUUGAGGAUCUGAUCAACCAGAUCUUUGUUUACAGAUUUGUGAAAUGCUUUGUGCUGUUUAAAAACUCAACAGCCCCUCUUAUUAUUUUCACUUUAAUAUUAGGCCAUUAGCUUGGCCAUAGUACACGUACUAUACCUUGGGUUCAGUCGUCAGUGAAUCAGCAAUUUUCUGUAACUAUAUGCUCUAGUCCCAAACCUAAUAAUACAUAGAUUGCACACAGUUGGCCAGUUGUAAUUUGCUGCAAAAAUAUUUUCACAUAAAUAAUUAAAAAUGAUCUUGUUUUUCUAACAAUCCUGUUUUGUAAAAAGAAUGAUACUGCUUAAUGUGUUACUGUAUACAAAUAGUACAUUUCUGUAUAGUGAAAUAUGACUAUACUGUAUUCCUUGUAUGUCUGAUCAUAUUAUUUUUAAUUUUUCUAAACUGUGUACUAUUACUGAAAUGGGUAACAAAUUUCACAUAAAAGCGAAGCUGGUAUCUUU